AUGCCCCAGGCCAACGUUACCAUCCCCGCCGAGUCCCUCAUUCUCGUGACUGGUGCAAAUGGCUUCAUAGCCUCCCAUAUCAUUGAUCAAUUUCUCAAGCGUGGGUACGGUGCUGGUCAUUUCGAGUCAGCUCUGCUACCCGAUCUGGGGAACGAGGAUGAGCUGGAUAGAUUGCUGGAUGGUGUUGCAGGUGUCGUGCAUGUGGCAUCAGAUGUCUCUCUGAGGCCCGACCCCGAAAUUAUAUCGAAAUCCGUCGCCUCGACCCUGAGUGUUCUUGAAGUAGCAGCUAGGCACAAUAGCGUGACUCAAGUCAUUCUGACUUCUUCACUUUCUGCCGCUUUGCUCCCGCAGCCUGGUCAGCCUGGUAUUAAUAUCGACUCCAGUACAUGGAAUGACGGUGCUGUAAGAAGCGCGAAGGAUCCCAGUGUUCCUGUAGCCCAGAAACCAUAUCUCGUUUACGCUGCCUCCAAGACAGAAUCAGAACGAGAGGCCUGGAAGUGGGUUAAGCAGAACAACCCUGGCUUUGAUUUUAACACCGUCCUUCCGGGAACGAUUUUUGGCAAAAUACUACAUCCCGAGAUAGGCGGAUCCAGCAUGGCUCUCGUCCGUAACCUCUUAUCUGGGAACCAGGCCGGUAUCGACUAUGUUCCACCACAAUGGUUCGUCGACGUCGAAGACGCAGCCCGUCUACACGUUGCUGCUGUUCUUGACGGAAGGGUGAAAUCAGAACGCCUUUUCGCUUUCGCAACUCCGUAUAACUGGACGGAUAUCGUGGAUAUUUUGCGCACGGCUUUUCCCUUGAAUAGCAGUAUUCCUCAAGCCCCGGAGAAUGAGGUGCGGGAUCUCAGUCAGGUUGGUCCUUCCAUUAGGGCGGAGAGCCUGAUUAAGGAGUUCUGGGGCCGUGAUGGAUGGACAAGCUUGAGAGAAAGUAUCCUUGGCGGAACUGGGGACCUUGAAGGCUUUAGGGGCUAG